AUGUAUGUAAGCACUGCUAAGUGACAACAAAUGUCAAGUUUGAUGUUGACUAAAUAGCGGCUAACUUCAAGUUUCUUUCUUUUUGACGUGCUCUUUCUGAAAAAUCGUGUAAAGAUGACGAUACGCCCAGCAUACAGACCAAAAAUUGUGAAGAAGCGCACCAAGCACUUCAUUCGCCAUCAGUCGGAUCGCUAUGCGAAACUUUCGCACAAAUGGCGCAAACCAAAAGGUAUUGAUAACAGAGUACGUCGUCGUUUCAAGGGUCAAUACUUGAUGCCAAACAUUGGUUAUGGUUCAAACAAACGCACUCGUCAUAUGUUACCAACUGGCUUCAAGAAAUUCUUGGUUCACAAUGUCAGAGAAUUGGAAGUUCUGUUAAUGCAAAAUCGUGAAUACUGCGGUGAAAUCGCUCAUGGCGUAUCAUCGAAAAAGCGCAAGGAAAUUGUUGAGCGCGCCAAGCAACUGGCUAUUCGUCUUACCAACCCCAACAGUCGCUUGCGAUCACAGGAGAACGAAUAGACUUAAAUUUGUCGCUGUUCUUUUUUAUUUACAACAACUUCAAUAUAAAAAUGAAAAAUA